AUGGCGCUAAAAAUACUUCUCUUGAUAAUACUUUCUAUUGGAAUUUCAACCGCGGCUUUCUACUCUCCAUCAUACACUGUUGUGGCUCCGAAGAUUUUGAAACCUGGCAACAAAUACCUGUUCAGUUUAACCUCGAAAACAGAGAAAACCGCUGACUUUGAACUGGAAGCAAGUAUUAAAGCGAGUGCUGGAUCAGUCUUGGUUAAAAACAAGUUCAAUCUUCAAACAAAUUCCGGCCUCUGUUCCAGAAGACACUUAUACGUUUUCAGUGAGUGCAUCCGGAGGGAUAACUUUCGUCAACAGCAGAAAGCUGUCUAUCAACAGGAAGGUGCACUCCAUCUUCAUCCAAACAGACAAGUCCUAUUCAGAGUAAUAGCGGUUACUCCAGAUUUGAAACCUUUCGGCGGAAAAAUAAACGUUACAGUAUAUGACACCGCUGAGAACAAAAUAAAAAAAUUAGUAGACCAACAAAGUGAGAAUGUUUUUAACAUUCCAGUUCUGCCUAAAUUUGAAGUGACGGUGGACCUACCCUCCUAUUUUCUUUACAACCGAAAUCAACCAUCUCUUCAGGAUCCAUUACUAGUUUCAGUGAUAGCCAAAUAUACUUAUGGCAAGCCAGUCAAAGGAACAGCUAGAGUAGAAGUAACAAUCGAUACUCCUUAUUGGCAUAAUAAAGAAGAGCCAAAGUUUACUAAAUUAAUCCAUCUGACUGAUGGAAAAGGUGACCUCUCACUAUCGCUGACAGAACUGAAAACACUAAUUCCAGCAUCCCAUGGUGGACCAACUUUAGCUGGUCGAACUUUCUUCGUAGAGGCUAACGUCACCGAAACUGAAACAGGAAUCACUUUGUCGGGAAAUAAUACGGUUCAGUGCAAAACUGAAAGGUUCAAGUUAGAGUUUUUAUCAAAUUCACCCGAUAACUUCAAGCCAGGAUUAAAUUAUUACGGAUAUUUGAGUUUGAAGAAAAAUGAUUUGAGCCCUCUAACACUGAGUGACAUUCAGAACAGCGAUGGGUCAUUCAAGACAAUAAAUGUCACAGCUUCUUACUACGACCGAAAAAUACAUACCAAUGCCGAAACAUUACUGUCACUUCCUUUGACAGAAAACGGAUUUGUCGUUUUUACUAUUCCAACAUUAAAAGAAUCUGGAAGCGUAUUUUUUCAAGUGUCGUUCAAAGAUGAAAUAACAAAUUCUGUGGUCAGCACCAUCAAGGAAGUCAGCAAAUUUCUAACUAGAGACAAAGGAGGCAUUCAGUUGAGUCUGUUGAACGAAGAGAAUUUAAUUAAGCCAUCUACAACUUUACAAUUUAAAGUGAAAACAAUUGACCUUGUUGAAGAGAUUCAGUUUCAAGUUUUGGCAAAAGGAUUCAUUAUAGCAGAGAAGCAGAUUGUUUCAGCAACCGCUCAAACGGAACAUUCAUUUUCGAUGCAUGUGACGGAUGAUCUAUCAUUGAAGUUGGCCCCUGAAGCCAGAUUCGUCGUCUCCUAUGCCACACCCUCUGGUGAACUGAUUGCCGACAGUUUGGCACUACCUGUUGCUGAUUAUUUUGCUAAUAAGAUAUCUCUGAGUUUCAGCAAAAACGUGUCCGAACCUGGAGAUGAAAAUGUUUAUUUGAACGUAAAAACAAAGGAGAAUUCGUUCGUGGGAUUGUUGGCCGUAGACCGUUCUGUGAUGUUGCUGAGUUCUGGAAAUGACGUCACUCAAGACAUGCGUCUCCUCAUAAGCAACAAGGACAUGAUAGAAGAUGUAUUUUCAGAGUUCCAUGAAAACCAGAAUGUCGGUGUAAAAGACAGCGCCGACGGAGUUUAUCAGCUGAAAGUUAAAGUUCCAGAUACUAUUACGUCAUGGGUUGCUACAGGGUUUUCAAUUAACCGUGAAGCAGGUUUGGGAUUAACAGAAAGCUCCGCUGAGCUAACUGUCGUCAAACCAUUUUUCAUCUCGUUGAAUCUACCGUAUUCCAUCGUGAGAGGAGAAGAAUUCGCUCUUCAAGUCACUGUUUUCAAUUAUUUUGGUCAAGAUUUAGAGACUCAAGUUAAACUUUUGGCAUCAAAUUAUUUCAAAGUAAUAAAAUGUGAUAAUAAAGAACUUCAAUCCGUCGAGGUCGUAAAACAUUUAAAGGUUGGAAACAACGAUGGUAAGUCAGUGUACUUUUGGGUGGUUGCCACUGCAAUCGGUCAAAUACCCAUUGAAGUCAGUGCUCAUGCAGGAUUGGCUGCCGAUGCCAUGAAAGCCACACUGCUCGUUAAGGUGAGUGACAUUAUUGGUUCUGCUAUGAACAACAUUGGAGAUUUGUUGAAAAUGCCUUACGGUUGUGGUGAACAAAAUCUUCUUCACUUGGUUCCUGAUGUUUAUCUUCUCAAAUACUUCACUGAAACUGGACGACUAACUCAAGAGUUUGAUCAAAAAGCUAAAAAUUUUAUCAACGAUGGCUACCAGAGGGAGUUGACAUAUCAAAGGUUGGAUGGUUCUUUCAGCGCAUUUGGAAACAGCGACAAAGCUGGAAGUAUUUGGUUGAGUUCAUUUGUUAUCAAAUGUUUCCACCAAGCAAAAGAGUACAUUCCAGUUGAAGACAGCAAAAUAGCAGCAACGAUGAAUUGGAUAAUUGGACUACAAGGCACUGAUGGAACGUUUGCAGAGCCUCCCGAGGGUAAAGUUAUUCACAAGGAUAUGCAGGGAGGAUCGUCAUCUGGGAUUGCCUUGACGGCAUACGUUUUGAUAGCCUUACUAGAAAACAAAAAUAAUCCCAUGACCAAUUCUGCAAGACUGACGUCGGCCAUCAACAACGCCAACAAGUAUUUGGAGAACAAUUUCCAUUCGUAUUCCAACGAUCCCUAUGCUCUAGCCAUCAUUUCAUACGCCCUCCACAAGUCUGGAAGCUUAAAGCUGACUGAUACUCUGGCACUGCUUGACAAGCUGGCAAUCAACAAAGAUGGAGUGACGUACUGGAAGAAAGAUGUGAUUGAAAGUACCUCUGAAGGCAUCUGGAGAGGACCUUAUUCGCAAGCCAAGUCAUACAAUAUUGAAAUUGCUUCCUACGUCCUCAUGGUCUAUGCGGAGAAAAAAGACUUUUCAAAAUCAAUACCGAUUGGAAAAUGGCUUCUGAAGCAACGGAAUGCUUUCGGAGGUUUCGCAAGUACCCAGGACACUGUUCUGGGCUUGGAAGCACUGGCGUCAUUUGCACCUUUAAUCAUUCCAUCAAGCGAUGGAGCAGGAAUUACUGUAACUGUAACAGACGAGAGUGGAUCAUUCUCCCAUACUUUCGACACCGUCACCAGACAAAACGCUCUCUUCCUACAAUCCAUUCAGCUCCCACAAUCAACUUCACUUGCCUAUUUGUUAGCUGAAGGUGAAGGUGUGGCUCUUGUUCAGAUGAACGUAAAAUACAACGUAGAGAAUGACAAUAAAGAUCAGUUUCUAACUCUCGACCUGUCAACCAGCUCUUCAAACAAUGACCUCAGUUUGAGCGUUUCAACCAGCUGGAGUGGAUCUGAAGUGACGGGAAUGGUAGUCGUGGAAAUAAACAUCCUGACUGGUUACUCCCUGCUCGAUGAUGGAAACUUCAUCCAACAGAUUGGAAGUACAUUCAAAAAGGUUGAGAAGAGCUCGAACAAAGUUGUCAUCUACUUGGAUGAGCUCACUUCUCAGCCACUGAAGUUUGACGUCCUACUUCAAGAACAACUGAAGAUUGCAAAUGUUAAACCGGCUCUCGUUAAAGUGUACCGUUACUACGAACCAGGAACACCAGUUACAGGAUUUUAUUCGACAGUUUCAGGACAGACGUGGGAAGGGGCGUGUCCUCAGUGCUGUUGA